GUCACAGUCAGGAGGUAUUGUUCACAGAUGUCCACUUCAGACCAGGGCAGAUAAGACGACACUUCAUCACUGUUCCACAGGGAGCCUCCUGGGCAGAGAUAACAUUGACGUCUCAGAGUGGUGAUGUGUCCUCUAAGUUUGUCCUCCAUGUGGUCCACCUGGUGAAGCAGAGAGCUUACAGAGCCAACGAGUUCUACAAGUUCUCCUCUCUGCUGGAGAAGAGCUCCCUGACUGAGGCCUUCCCUGUCCUGCCAGGGUGGACGGUAGAGUUGUGUAUCGCCAGGUGGUGGGCAAGCCUUGGUGACGUCACCGUUGACUACAGUAUCUCCUUCCACGGCCUGACCACCUCCCCGUCACCUCUACACAUACAUGCAUCAGAAGGUGUGACUAGUUUUGAGGUGUCCUCUCCUCUGAGGUACGAAGAUGUUUCUCCUAGCGUCACCCUGAAGAGCUGGGUCCAGCCACUCAGACCUCUGAGUUCUAAGACCAAGGCUCUGGGUCACAGAGAUGUUCUCCCCAACAACAGACAGCUCUAUGAGAUCAUCCUCACCUACAGCUUCCACCAGCCUAAGUCAGGAGAGGUGACCCCCAGCUGUCUAGUACUGUAUGAGCUGCUGUAUGAAUCAGAAUUUGACUCUCAGCUCUGGAUGCUGUUUGACCAGAACAAGAGACUACUGGGCUCUGGAGACGCCUACCCACACCAGUACUCUCUCAAACUAGAGAAAGGCGACAACACGGUGCGUCUGCAGGUGCGUCAUGAGCAGGCCAGUGAGCUGGAGCGUCUGAAGGACCUUCCGUUUGUGGUGUCCCACCGUCUGUCCACUGCUCUGACCCUGGAUGUGUAUGAGUCUCACCGCGCUGCUCUCGUGGCUAAGAAGAAGACCAACCUCCUGACCCUCACCCCUGGAGCUAUUCAGCCUUUUUAUGUUACAGCCCUGCCUGACGACAAGGUUCCUAAAGGAACGUGUCCAUGAUGCUAUCUGACUGGCUCCCUGGUCGUGCCUAAGGGAGAGUACGGCAAGAAAGCAGACAUUGUGCCAGUGGUCUACCACCUGAUCCCUGCACCAAACAAGGAGAAGGAGAAUGAGGGAGAGAAGGAGAAGGAGGGAGCGAAGGAGAAGGAUGUGAAGCAGGAGUUUGCAGAGGCUCUCAGAGACCUGAAGAUCCAGUGGAUGACCAAGUUAGACACCAGCUCCCUGUAUGAUGAACUGAAGGACAACUUCUCUUCUUAUCUGCCACUACAUGUUCAGAGGCUGCACCAGCUAGACUCUGAGAAGGAGCGUUUGAUGCGCCUGGGUGACAUCGUGACGGCCUCUGAUAUGGUUCUGUCUCGGAUCGACCAGACUGCCCUGGCGGUCUACCUCACCAUAAAGACCGACCCUCGCCCCGACGCUGCCACCAUCAAGAGUGACAUGGAGAAGCAGAAAUCUUCCCUGCUGGAUGCUCUGUGCCCUGGCUGACCUGG